GUUCCCGAAUGUGAGGCAAAAAUUUCCAAAUUGGUUGGAGAUUGUCUACUGCACUUGCAAAGUUACAGAAUGGCAGCGAUCAACUUCAAAAAAGCAGCAGAUUUUUAUCGAUCAGUACAUUCAUCUAAACUCAACCAUAAAGUCGUUUACAUGGAGAGUUUAAUUGGUCUAGCCAAAAGUCGAGUGCUUUGUAAUGAUUUGGAAAAUGCAUUACGCGCAUGCGAGGAAGGUUUGGGGAUUGAACCUGAACAGACGACAUCUGCAUUGUCAGAAGAAAACCUUGAAUUGCUUUAUUUAACUAUGAAAUGUGCGUUUCUGCUAAUCACGCGUUCGUCUUUACCCGAUGAACGCGUUCAUCUCAAACAUUGCUAUGAGAGGUUCUAUACUAUAUUAGGCGAGGUCGACUAUUUCAGACCUAAGGCUGAUACUGGGAUGGAAGAUGAUGAAUUUUUUGCCAUUCUGAAACAAUGUAAAUUUUGUUUCGUAAUUUCGGUUAUAAGAGAAUGUAUUUCCUUCCACCUUGCAAAAUCAGAAGAAGAACGAAUGAACGCACGACAGAGAGCAAAAAGUCUUGAAAACUCAUUUAACGUGAACAUAUUUAAUACAAACACCAGAGAAUGUAGGAAAUCAGAUGUUGAAGAGAUCCAGCGCGUCCGUCGUCAUUGCCGUUCCUGGAUAGGUCAGCUUUUAGUGAUCAUUGGUGAAACUGAGAAUGCAGUGAUUCAUUUAAAAAAAUCUUUGGCUGGCUUUUUCGUUCCAGAUUUUACCGGUUCCAUUAUACCGUUGGACGAGAUCAUCCCAUUGUUGGAUGCAAUUACGGCAACCAAUGCAGCCUCGUCAUCCGCACAAGAAUCACAGAGCCUGUUCCAGCAGACCCUGGAGUUAUGUAGGGAUGAAUACCUAAAGGUAAACGACAAUCCAUUUCCACUGUUGAAUUUUUUCCGAAAUCUGGGUAAUCACUUUGUUGACGGAGGACGGACUUGGGAAGCCACUCAUGCUUAUAAUGCUGGAUUAGAGGUCGUCCAAAACCUGAUCUCAGACGCUACAGAUCAAGUGAACGCUCGGAAUGAAAUGAUGCUGCACCUUGCCAAUGUCCACAGACUUCAAGCUUUAGAAAACACAGGAAAAGGCGAAGUGGAAGAAAGUCGCUUGGCAGAAAAAUACUACAAGUUUGAAAAUGGCAAUGGAACAGAAAAGAGUAGUAUUCAUAAAAAUAUCAUGUAUGCCAACUUUUUGUGUGACAAAGGGCGCUUUGAAGAAGCCAUUGUCGUGGUGAAUAAAGCAAUUGAAGCAGACGACAAGCUGUGGUCAACAACCGUCAUUUGUUCAUUUUCAGAACGAGUUCUUUAUGGAUCAGAUGUUAAAAACUACAUUGAAUCUGACGGUGAACUUCUUACAAAGAUGGGAAACUUGGCGUAUACAACACUAGUUUGCGCGUAUGUACAACUUGGAAAUGGAAGAGAAGCAUGCAAAGCGCUAGACACACUGUUAAAGAAUGGCGAAGAUUUGCCUCCCAGUGCAAUCUACACAACAUCCUGUCUUUCACAUCUUAUUGGCUUCUGCCAGAAAUAUUUACUGUCGCUUGUUAAAGAUCGCAUGAAGUUAUCAUUUCCCGAUUCAGAAUUUACACUGUCACCUGAAAAUUUGGCAAAAUUGUACUACGAGUUGGAUCCAACUAGGAAGCUUUCGAGUUUGCGUUUUAUAGCAGAUGCAUUGGUUAUGAUGGGGAGAGGUGAUGAAUCUAUUUCUUAUUACCGUGAGUUUCUUCUGUUGAUGGAUAGGUGUGAAGGGGUUCUUGAUAAAUCAUUUGAUGAACAACAUGCUAUUAUUUCUCACCUCUCAUUUCCGGAAUCAAGAUACGUUUACCUGGCACUGGGGUCGGUGAUGCUGGAACACCAAGAUAAGAUUGAUGAUGCAAUAGCCUGCUACCAGCAUUGUCUAGUCUUGGCCAUGGGUCUUAGUGACGACACCUACCAAGACUCUGUGGCAAUUCUGACGGCUCUUUAUCAAACAAAAGCUUUGACAAAUGGUAAGGAAGAUCAGACGAUCUACCAGAAGUGGAUGGACAAAGCUCAAGAGUGUUUCCAGAACCUGGUCAGUAAAAACGUAAAAAUGACGUCAUUCGUUCAGACCACCUUUGCCUCAUUUCUUCUCCGAACUGAACAAUUUGCCGAAGCCAUUUCCCACUUCGAGCAGUUGCUUGACAUUGAAACAAACUCUUCCAUAGCUUACUGCCAAGUCGGCAUACCUUUGUUUGGCGUUCACAUGGCGAGAGAAAUUAAAGCAAGAGGGAAAGUUUGUGUGCAACUGAAGGUCCACAUUUACUAUCUUAUUGCGCUGGCGUAUUUUCAAUGUGGUAAGAUUGAGAAAGCUCAAGAAUCUGCGCUGCAAAUGGAGGAAUAUGUCGAGAAUAUAUCGUCUACACCAUAUUACCUUAUUAGUCGUUCCUUACUUGCGUAUGCGUACAAAGAGACUGGAAACGAAAGAAAGGCAAUGGAAAUAUUAAAGACGGUACUGGAGAGUGAACCAGAUAACGUGGCUGUGAAACUGGCGUUAGAGGAAUGUGCAGCUAUUGAAGAAGCAACAUCAAGUUGCAAUCAAAUUUAGCGGAUGUAAUACUUAUGAUUAAGACCCAUCAAUGGCCACAGACUUCAAGCUUUAGAAAACACAGGAAAAGGCGAAGUGGAAGAAAGUCGCUUGGCAGAAAAAUACUACAAGUUUGAAAAUGGCAAUGGAACAGAAAAGAGUAGUAUUCAUAAAAAUAUCAUGUAUGCCAACUUUUUGUGUGACAAAGGGCGCUUUGAAGAAGCCAUUGUCGUGAUGAAUAAAGCAAUUGAAGCAGGCGACAAGCUGUGGUCAACAACCGGACAAAUGCUGGAAGAUUGUGCAUAUUACAGCGCUAUAUCCUUUUCGGCUGAUAAUUUCAGCAAAUAUAUAGAAUGAAAGUUAAUCCGAAUAAUAAAUGCAUAUUAAAAUGCACCAAAAUAUUAAUAGACCUUUCUCCCACAGCUUUCAAGCGCGCAAUGCGUGACGGUAGUUGAUUAUGAGUCGCGAUUCCUCUCUGUUUAUAGAAGCAAUUUUUUUCUAAGAAAACUUUGCUGAUUCUUUUUGGUUCUUUGUUAAACUAAAUCGCUUCUCAACAUGGCGAAAUCACAACUCAAAUUGACCUUGAUAAUCAACUACCGUCGCGCAUUGCGCGCUUGAAAGCUAAAAGGGGAAAGGUCUAUCGAAACUGUGUAUUUCAAAUAAAUUCUGAUUCAUCUUCAUGAAGAUGUUAACGAUGCAUGUAUUGUUCUACAAGAAUAUGUAUGGUUCUACAAGAAUAAACAAUAUGAAUAAACAAUAAGGAUAAGCAAUAUGGAUAAACAAAAAGGAUAAACA